AUGAAUUUAGAAGAAACUCUCUUAAUACUUUUUGAAAGAACUUUAGAAUCUAGUAAAGAUGAUCAUUUACAAACUAUCUUAGCAAGUCAAGCGAAAAUUAUAUAAUAAAAAAAAGAAAAUAUAAUUCCUACUUAAAUUCAAACAUCAUCUAUUUAGAAAAAGCUAUAUGCAAUAGAAAAGAAUUUCAUCAGUUAAGAUGCUUUUAAAAAGAGAAGAAGAUCUAAAUAUGAUCAUCGUUCUAAUACAGGUUCAUAAUAGGACAAUGAUGGAUUUUCAACUAUCAUACUUGAUAAAGAUAAUUAAGAAAUAUAUAAUAAUGAAUAAAAUUUAUAACAAUUAAAAAUACAAAAUACAAAAUUGGAAAAUCAAAUUACAGAAUUAGAAUAUCAACAAAGAGAGAAGUACUUAAAAAAUUGUAAUGAAAUUGAAUAAAUUAACAGAGAAAAAUAAUUAUUAUUUGAAAAUGAUAAAAAACUUAAUGAAAAGUAAAGAAAAUUAAAUUAACGAUAAUAAUUACUCAAAUAAAAGUAACUCAAUUUACAAAAAUAAGAAUAAAAUAAUUAAAUCUAAUAAUGCAACAUAGAUGAAAGCUAAUAAGAAUAAUAAAGAUAUGUAAGACUAUAUCUAAUUUCUAUAGGAAGAUUAAUUAAAUAACAGAAGAGAUAAUAUGGAAAAGCUUCAAAUAAAAUUGAAUAACUUUGUAUCACAAUUAUUAGGAUUACAGAGAAAUAAAAAUAAAGUAUAGUGUUAAUUAAAUGUUUAAAUUGAUGCUGUAGAAUAAUUGGCUUAAUUUAUUUUAAAAGAACGUUCUAAUAUACAAUAGGAUUAACAAUACUUAAGAUAAUUCAAAGAAAAGGUUUUGGAGGAAAAGAAACAAGUUCUGUAAAUGAAAUAGUAGUAGAUACCAUGA